GGAGCUGUAGAACUAAAAAAGGAGAAGGUCGUCGCAGGAGAGACAAGACUACUGGCCCCAGUAGAUGAAGCAGAGGGAGCACUGGAGCAGGAGUGCUUGAGGUCCCGGAAAUCCGUUGUAAACUGAACCUUCUCAACUUCAGUUACCAGUGUAACUAAUAAGGAAACCGUUGAGAGGAGUCCCGGGAAAAACAUGACCCUCUUCUGAUUUCUAAGUUCUUGGCCGCCACGUUCUCUCCAUGCUCCUAACUUCAAUUCCUAUUUAAACCCUCCCUAGCUCUUCAUUCCUUCACCUCUCUUCCCCAAUACCAUCUAUUGUUUUCUUCUUCGUUCCUUUGACGAUGCCUGGGUUAACGCUUGGUGAUACUAUUCCUAACCUGGAAGUGGAGACAACCCAUGGAAAAUUCAAGCUUCAUGACUUCAUUGGACAAGACUGGACCAUCAUUUUCUCGCAUCCUGGGGAUUUCACGCCCGUCUGCACAACCGAAUUGGGCAAGAUGGCAGCUUACACUAAUAAAUUUCAGGAGCGUGGAGUGAAGCUUCUGGGUCUCUCUUGCGACGAUGUCCAGACCCAUAAUGACUGGAUCAAGGACAUCGAAGCCUACUCUCGAGGGUCCAAGGUGGAAUUCCCGAUCAUUGCAGAUCCAGAUAUGGAGGUCAUAAAGGAACUCAAUAUGGUUGAUCCGGACGAGAAAGAUCUGAAUGGGAAUCAGCUUCCUUCUAGGGGUUUGCAUGUGGUGGGAGGAGACAAAAAGGUGAAGCUAAGCAUUCUGUACCCAGCAACCACCGGAAGGAACAUCGAUGAAGUACUGAGAGUUGUGGACUCUCUGCAGAAAACUGAGAAGCAUAAGGUGGCGACGCCUGAGAACUGGAAGCCAGGUGAACCAGUGAUGAUCGCUCCUACCGUCUCCAAUGAAGAGGCUAAGGAGUUGUUCCCUGGAGGAUUCGAGACUAAAGAGGUUCCCUCCAGCAAGGACUACCUCCGCUACACCGCCGUUUGAUCAUAUCAGUUCUCCAUCCAUUUCCCUCCUCUCGCAAGGGCUUAGCUUUUAGCUUUUUAUAGGAUAUGUUAUAGUAAUUUGGUAUAGAACCAUGCGGUAGCUCUCUCUUUCUGUGUCUUUGUCUCUGUCAUAAUCAAUCUUUGGCUUGUUAGUUGGAUUGUAAAUCCGUUUUGUGUUUGGGAUUAAUGAAAACAAAGAGGGAAAUGGUAUAUAUAGUGAGCCCUGAUAUUUUAA